AGGUUCCCAAAACGAAAAUGUCGUGCAUGUUAAGAGGAAUCCAAACGAGUGCGUUUCUUUUCCGUUUCUACCAACAAUUAUGAUUUAUUUUCAGCUACACUUCCCUCUCACAUCAGAACAACACUUCUCACAUCAACAAUCCUUCUUCCACAACCCAUUAUAACCCUUUGCGCUGCUCCAACUUCAACUUAUUGUCAUCAAAAUGGCAAUGCAAAUGAUGCUAUUGUGAUCUCUAGCUAAUAUUGGACCAUGAGUUGAAAAGGGGCAAGUGUUGUUAGUGUUUUGGAAUUAUUCUUUACAUCAACCCAUAGAUACAUGACUCAGAAGAUAAGCAUAAUAUAUGUUUUGGCUUUUGCAUGCAUGUAUCUGUUAUAAUACUUUAUGGAAGAGGGCGUGAUUGGAAUUGCACUUGUGAUAUUGUGAACCAUUUCAGUUAAAUCUUUAACCAUUGUUGUAGGAAACUGUUUGUCUCAAGUGUGGCGAUAAAGGCUUUGAAGUUGCAUUGGUUUUUUGCUCUGGGUGUCAGGCUUAUGCGCUACAUAGGUACUGUUUAAAGGGACCUGUGAUUUUCACCGGUCCUGUUAAAUGGUUUUGUGAUGAUUGUGUAAAAAGGCUAAUGUUACCACCUUCUCUCGACCAAUCUACACCUCUCUCAUCUGUAACAAGAAACUACAAAAAUUUGGAAAAGAAUGCAAUCCAAACCACAAGAGUAUUUACAAAUUGCGAAGAGAGAGUGAAGAAACGCAAUAAACUGCUAAAAAAGAAGAAUAAAAAGGAACAUGAGAAAGGAAAAGUCAACUCUGCCUUCGUUGAUGAAACAAAGGGUGUACUAUCCAGUUCACAUGACCUUCAGCAUCCUCAACACAUUAUCAGCAGUGAGGAAGAACGUGAGGUAACGAAUGAGUGUGAAGCAGCUCCAAGGGAUGUAACUAAUUCUGAUUUAGGUCUCCAAUCUGUUCCAUUUGCUGAAGGAGCUACCUGUAAUGAUUCAAGUUGUAUAGAAUUAUACGGUUGUGUUCAUGCACAGCCUUUAAUUGAUCCGAUCUGGAGGGGAAGUAUAUAUCUCUGCAAUGAAACUAUUGGUGCUGUAAGUGGACUUCUUGCUCAUAUGUCCGAUUUAGCAUGCUCCAAAGUUGUAGAGGAGACAGGACAUUUCCCAGAAGUGCUUCAUGCAGAAUUGGUUCCAAGGUCUACUGUGUGGCCCGAAAGUUUCAAGAGUAGGGAGCCAACUGAUCAGGACAUUGCUCUUUUUUUCUUUCCCGACAGUGAAGGAGCUGAGAAGGUCUUCGACGCUCUGGUUGAUGAUGUCAUUUGCCAUGAAUAUGCCAUAAGAUUUGUGGCUAAAAAUGCAGAGCUUUUAAUUUUUCCUUCCACCGACCUCCCAAUCUCUUGUUGGAGAUUUGAAGCUAAAUAUUAUUUGUGGGGUGUCUUCAAAAGAAAGCACACUCGGGAACAGUGAAAUAAUGCUGCAUGCAGAGAUUGACGAAGCUCUUAGGUUAGCUUAACCAUAGCCAUAGACAUAGUCCAUCAUCCAAUAAGCAAUAGUGCUAACAGCUACAGUUCUAAUGCGUAGCACUCCUUUGCUCACUGUCACUGAUGUAAUGAUCAUAUUACAAGCAUGUUGAGGAUUAGAGUGAAUAGAAUAUAAUAGAAUGUGAUGAAAGCAAGAGUUGGGAUGGUACACCCUUGUUGUGACUACUUCAUUGUCCGAGAUAUAAGCAUACAUGGAUGUUGUAGGAACCAUUUGAAACUUCCUCAUUUUGUCUGACCAAAGUCUUUGAUUGUUGUAACCGGUAAGCACUGUGGCAUUUGUUCAACAGUCUCGGCGUUAAUGUGCCAUAAUCUAUCUUACUGAAACGUUUUUCAUCACAAUGUUAUUUGUAUUUCAGGAAGGUUUGGGCCUGUAA